UACACUACGGCCACACUACACUUACAGGGCGGUAAGAACUGUCAACGCAGAUCUGUCUUAUAUAUUGACAACAUCCGCUUGUUUAAAAAGAAUGGACGGUGAAGAUGAUCUGGACAUUUUGACUGCUCUUUUGGAGGAGAGUGAAGGAGUGGAGCAGCAGCAAAAUCAGGCAGAUGAUUUGAACGAUCUUUUUGACGAGGAAAAUGAUGGAGAAGAAUAUAAAGAUGGUGCAGAGGAGAGGGAUGACCAACUGUCUGAGCUGUUUGGUGACGUGGAGGACAUGGAGAAAGAAGAGGAAAACAAAGAAGAGGUUUCAGAGAGUCUCAAUAGAUCCAGGGAAGAUUUACAAGAUGAGUUGAAGAGGAUGCAAGAACAGAUGAAGAAACUACAACAACAACUUGAAAUGAGUCAGAGCAGUUUUACUUCUAAAUCUCCUGUUUCCCCUAACUCUCCAUCACAACAGAAAACCUCAAAACCAAACUUGCCUAAACCAGCUCCAGUGCAGAAGACCAAAGCUCCGGGAGACACCACUUCCACUCCACUGAGGAAGGUCCAAGAGUCGUCAGACUUCUCUGCACAGCUCAGUAAUGCAGACUCCUUCAUAAAGAAACCAAGAGUUGCUCACCAACCCAAAACCAGAACAUCACCAGAGAGCAGAGGUCCACUGAUGGAGAUCAAGUUGGGCAGUUCUUUCCAGCCCAUGGAGACUCCAGCUGCCAAUCCUCUCCGCUCUCAAUCGUUUAACACCAGACCUGGGUCUGUAGCAGGAUGUGGAGCAAGCUCAGGAACUUCAGGAGGAUCGACCAGACCCUCUGCUCUCCCUAUUCUGCCCAAAGAUGUGGCUGUUGAGAAAUACUCUGGGCUCAGACUAAGAAAGCCACGUGUGUCUUCCAGUGACAUGGACCAUAAGAUGGCCGACCGGCGCUUGAUCCGUUUGUCGUCGGUCCCGGAGCGUUUGACCCGAGAGAAACUGGAGGAGAGUGACUGGGUCACAUUUGCUGUAGUGGUCAGUAAGGUCACACCACAGAGCAGCAACAGUGGUAAAACUUUCAGCAUCUGGAAGCUAAACGAUCUUCAUAACCUGGAAGUGUUUGUGUCUCUACUGUUGUUUGGUGAAGUCCAUAAAGAACACUGGAAAACUGAACCAGGGACUGUGAUCGGGCUGCUCAACCCCAACCCCAUGAAACAGAAGGAGGGAUACAAUGGAGUGAGUCUGACAGUAGACCAUCCUCAGAAGGUGUUGUUGAUGGGUGAAGCUCAGGAUUAUGGGACUUGUAAAGGAGUGAAGAAGAACGGAGAACCCUGCUCACAGAUUGUCAAUAUGUAUGAGUGCCAGUUUUGCCAGUACCACGUCAAAGCCCAGUAUAAGAAGAUGAGUUCAAAGAGAGCUGAACUGCAGUCAUCGUUUUCAGGAAAAGCACCAAACAAAUUCAAAGGAAAAGGAUCAAAUCUGAGAGAGAAACUGUGUCAGGACGGGUUUUACUAUGGAGGAGUGUCGUCUGCCGCCUGUGCCGCCUCAAUUGGAGCAUCCAAACCAACCAAACCUGGACAGAAAACUCUGGACAAACUGUUUGUGAAAGGAUCAACUCGACAUGUGGCUCAAGCUAAAAGACUAGCCAUGCAGUCUGGGGAUGUGUCCGGCUGCUCUGAUGAGUUCAAAAGUCUGAUGUCAGCACCGACUCCUGGAGCUCUGCAGCUGAAGAAACAUUUAACUCAAAACAAAACAGUUGUUAAAAAUCCAGAGGGCAGUCCAGUUCAAUCCAUCUCCGCUGCAGACCUUUUAAAACAACAGAAACAAAAGCAACGUGAUCUCCUCACUGCCCGUAGACAACGAAACGCCCUCCUGUCUCCAAAAUCUCCGUCCCUGAGUCCAGCCACCCUCUCCACCCCCUCUGCUCCUACACUGGGACGGGGCUUCUCUGAGGGGGAUGACAUACUGUUCUUUGACAACAGUCCCCCUUCAGCACCUGCACAGAGCACCAUGAGUCUGUCUGCUGCUAAAAUGGCCGCCUUGAAGAAGCUGAGGGCCAAAGGAAUGGGACUGGAGAAGGAGGAUCCAAAUGCGGUGAAGAGGAAACGGAGCAACAGCAGUGAGAUCAGCGCAAGAGUGGAGAAGAAUUGCACGUUGCCUAAAGAUGGAUCAAGUAACGAGGAGGAGGAGCCAGCUCAGAAAAAAAGAAAAGAGCAACAGGAAUAUAUCCAGUCAGAGGAAUUUCAGAAGAUUCUCAAUGCUAAAUCCAGACACAAUGCUGUACUACAAGCUGCGGAGUACCAGCUGCAGGAGAGGUACUUUGAUGCUCUAGUGAAGAAGGAGCAGAUGGAGGACAAAAUGAAGGGCAUCCGAGAAAUGAAGUGUCGAGCUGUCACCUGCAAAAAGUGUAACUACACAUACUUCAAGCCAGCUGAUCGAUGCGUGGGAGAGAACCAUGAUCUGAAAUGGCACGACGCAGUGAAACGUUUCUUCAAAUGUCCCUGUGGUCAAAGGGCCAUCGCUCUGGACAGGCUGCCCAACAAACACUGCAGCAACUGUGGCCUUUUCAAAUGGGAGCGUGACGGGAUGCUCAAGGAGAAAACUGGUCCUAAAAUUGGCAGAGAGUUACUUCUGCCUCGAGGAGAAGAACAUGGCAAGUUCCUCAACAGCAUGAAAUGACAGCACCUUUUUUGAUUUUAUCUGUAUAAAUUUAAGCAACUCGGAUUUUAACUAUGAGUUUUAAAAAUGAUUUAGCCUUUACUUUUAUAAUUAUGGUUUUAAACAAGUGAUUUUAUUAGAUUAUUGUCUGUUGUAUAUUAUAUGAACAGCUUUGAUUAAAGUAACUGAAAGGC